UGCACUUUCAAAGAUGGCAGCCUCCAUGAGCAAUUUCACUGUACUUGUUCUCUGCACUUUAGUUGUACAUUUCUAUGGAUUGAAUUGUGUAUUUGCAGACGAAAAUCAAGCCGGAGACGAUGCCUUGUCCCCAUCACAAGUGUGCUGGGGAAGUAAGCUGGUCACCAAGCUAUGGACAUCGGCCCCUUGCUGGUAUGGUGUGUCAUUUGUGACUGGAGCAGCCACGAUACUGCUGGUGAUAAUUUGGUGGAAUAAAAAUGAAAAUGAAGUGAGAAAUGUACGCAUUCACGUACAGGCACCAAAUGCAGCACCAGGGAGGGCAGCUGAAGGCAGACACCAGGCACCCAGGCAGGCAACAGGUGGUAUCAGCCAAUCCAAACCAAGAUCCAGAGUGACAGGUGCAGCCACAGCCAAUCAGAAUGGAGAUGUGACCGGAGGCCACCGGGUGGGAAGUUCUUCCCCAAAAUACAGACUGAGGAUUUUGUACGGCACCCAAACUGGAACUGCAAAGCAUUUUGCAGAAGAUCUGGCUAAGCGAGUGACCUCAAGUGGUAUUGCUGCUGAGGUCAUUGACCUCAAGACCUUUGACCCAGAAAGUCACAUCAUCCCAGAGAGUGAUGGGUUGGACCUGUGCAUCUUUAUCCUGGCUACCUACUCGGAGGGCAAGCCCCCAGAGAGCGCUGCCUGGUUCUGCCGAUGGCUGGAGGAAGCCACCACAGACUUCCGGGUUCACAGGUCUCUCCUGCGAGGGCUGAAGUACGCCGUGUUUGGGCUGGGCAACUCACUCUAUGAAGGCCAUUAUAAUCAGGUUGCUAGAGAUGUGGACAAAUGGUUGAGUACGCUGAGUGCGUCGGCUGUAGUUGAAAGAGGAGAGGGAGACCGGAAUGUAGCUGAAAGCAAACACGGAGGUAUCGAAGCAGAUUAUGAGGCAUGGAAGACAACACUAAUCCAGACUCUAACCAGCAGUGCAAGCAAUAGUUGCUCCUCGGAGAAGCAGACCUGCGAAUGUGGAAAAACACAAGGAGGUUGUUGCCAGGAAACUGAAAAUGAAAACAACGAUCCCAACGAAGAGGAAAUGUAUGACAGCUCCAGUGAGGAUGAUAACAAUGAUGAUGACAACAUGGCGGACGGCAGUGAGGAUGCCAAGAGCCGAAUCACACAGACCAACGGCCUGACUGACCUGGAGGACCUGGGAAAGGUCAUGAAGAAGAUGAAGAAAGCAAAGGAGUCCAGGGCGUCAGACAAAGCGUCAGAACCCAGAGAGAUGAUUACACCUAUGCUGAGACAAGCACUGACAAAACAAGGUUACAAGCUGAUUGGAAGCCAUUCUGGAGUGAAGCUGUGCAGAUGGACAAAGAGCAUGCUGCGUGGUCGAGGGGGUUGCUACAAACACACAUUCUACGGCAUUGAGAGCCAUCGCUGCAUGGAGUCCACACCCAGCCUAGCCUGCGCAAACAAGUGUGUCUUCUGCUGGAGACAUCACACCAAUCCAGUGGGCACAGAAUGGCGUUGGAAGAUGGACAAACCGGAAGAAAUCCUAGAGGGCGCUCUUAAGAACCACUACCAACUCAUCAAACAGUUCAAAGGUGUACCGGGAGUGAAGCCAGAGCGUAUGGUUGAAGCCAUGAACGUCCAGCAUUGUGCCUUGUCGUUAGUCGGUGAACCCAUCAUGUAUCCAGAGAUCAACCGCUUCGCUAAGCUGCUCCACAGCAACAAGAUCUCAACAUUUCUCGUCACCAACGCUCAGUUCCCGGACGCUAUCAGAAACAUGGUUCCAGUAACUCAGCUGUACGUGAGUGUUGACGCCAGCACCAAGGACAGCCUGAAGAAGAUCGACAGACCGCUGUUCCGUGAUUUCUGGCCACGAUUCCUAAGCAGCCUGGAGGCGCUCUCAGAAAAGGGUCAGAGGACAGUAUAUCGCUUGACCAUUGUCAACGGUUGGAAUAACGAGGAGAUUGAGGCCUACGCUAACCUGGUCAGCCUCGGCAAACCAGACUUCAUCGAGGUCAAGGGAGUGACCUACUGUGGCGACUCCAAGGCCAGCACACUGACCAUGAAGAACAUCCCCUGGCAUGAAGAGGUCGUGGGCUUCGUCCAGACACUGGUGGACUUGCUACCAGACUAUGCCGUCGCCAGCGAGCAUGAGCACUCAAACUGUGUGCUGGUUGCACACAAGAAGUUCAAGAAGGAUGACGAAUGGUGGACGUGGAUCGACUACAGCAGAUUCCAUGAGCUCAUCGCGGAGUACGAGUCAAGCGACGGGGAGAAGCGAUUCACGGCGUCCGACUACAUGUCCAAGACCCCGGCCUGGGCGGUCUAUGGGUGCAAGGAGCAAGGCUUUGAUCCUAACGAGACCAGAUUCAGAAGAAAGGGAAAGAACAAGGACUUGUCUGGCUGCUAGAGUUGAGCAAAGAUCAGUUGAGCAAAACCUGGAACAGGCUGCCUGGAUUUUGGUUAAAAGCAUAUGGGAUUGUUUGCAUUUAUCCCAAAAGUAACCUACCGAAUUAUCAAAAAGCAGAUUAAAGAUCGUACUGGUACUAAACACCCUGUGAAAUUAUUCUGUCUGGCUUGCUGUAUAGAAGAAAUCAAAAGUGAUUUCCAAGGAUCAGUCAACUGAAUUUGAUUUUUGGAAAUAAAAAGUGCUAUCGACAAAAUCUUGUUGCGUUAUCAAAAGUGAGUGCAUGGUUUUCCACUUUUUUUUUUAAUUGUGAUAUCCACCGAGCUGAAACUUCAAUAGGUCGGGUUUUGAACUUUCUUCUUUGGAUUUCGAGUGGUAUCAUUGGAAACGAACAAAAUCCAUGAAAAGCAUGAUAUGCUUUUAAAGAUUUGCAGAAAUUAAAAUGGAAAUAGUGCAAAAGUGGUUAUGAAAUAUUGAUAAGUACAUGAGAAAUAAACAUUGAACAGUAACUACAACAGUACAAUUUUAUUAGACACAGAAACAAACAAAAUCAAAGGACGACAAACAGACAGGCACAAGCUCACGCACACACAAAGAAGCAAAACAAACAUGAAAAAACAAACAAACAAACAAACAAGACUAAUGGGAGACAAACACACAAAGCAAGACAUGCAUUGGGGAAAAUAGACAGAUCUAAGCACAAAGAACAUUACAAACAAACAAGAAGUUUCAAUAAAUUAGCAAACACAAGUAGUUCAGAACUUUAUUUCUCAUGCAUGUACUCAUCAUUGUUUCCAAACCGUUUGUACCACCGUUCCAAUUUCAGUUUCUGCGAUGAUUUUUAGCCAAGAAUUGUAAAUAUGCCUGCUGCAAUAAAUUGGCCGUUUCUGUACAAAUAGAAAGGACAAAUAGGAGUGCUGGACAGGGUGUCAUGUGCGAAUCAAGUUUUGCUAUAAAUAAUUCCCUGCCAUCGUCGAGAAGAGUGUUGUCUACUGGCAAAGAAGGGCUGAAAAUUACUGCCGAGAUCAUUUGUUUAAAGCCGUUCUUUUAGCACUGGGUAUAGCAUUGUAACAUUUACAUUUUUCCAUAACAGAUAUCCCCGUUGGUUUGCUGAUUGUAAUUAUCAUAUUGUCCUAUGAGGGUCAUUAUUGGUGGCAUUUUACUUGCAGUGUACAAAGGCUUUCGACGUAUAUAUUUUUAUUUCUUUUUUUAACAGUAAUAAAGCAUUCCAAACUAUUUUGGGGGUUUUCUAACUUGCUUUCCAAGAAUCUCCAUUUUCCAGCAUUAGAGGAUAGUGAAAACAAUAAUUAUUUGAGUUAAGACAAUUUAUCAUGACUUUUGAUAUACUGAUCAAAACAUCCAAGUCUAAGGUAAUUACUUCACAUACAAGUUUUGUUUGUAUUUUAUAAUUAUUCAUUAUGGAAAGUAAGGGAACUUGAAUAUACUAAAACAGCUGUGAAAAUAAGUCUGUAUUUUUUAAUUUUUUUUAAUUUAAGUACUGUUUAGAGUUUUGCCAGAAAUUGAUUUUCUUUUUUCUUGUCUCAUAAAAAAAUGGUUGGCUGUAUUAUGCUCAAUGACAGCACUAUCGGUCAAUUUGCAUUUUAAGGGUCCUUUGCUCAUUACAAGGAAUGAAUACUUUUAAAAAAUGGGAAAAAAAUAAAAUUUAAGUUUCUACAAAAGCAGUUGUGGUUGGCACUAAUAGCUUGAACCUGUACAGCGUUACAGCUUGUUUUUAAUCUUGAGAUCUUGGUGUGCUUGCAUGAAUCUGGGAAGUUUAUACUGCAAAGCUGAUCAAGUAUGAUUUUCUUGAUGUUUUCGUUAACUUUUUCUAACUUAAAAAAAC